AUGUAUUGGAAAAUUAAAGAAAAAUGUGAUUAUGAUCAUAUGGUUUGGAGAAAUGGAAAAGGUAAAUCAACACAAAUUCAUAUUGAACCAAUUGGAAGUACAUUAAAUGAUUCAUUCACUUAUCGUAUUAGUCGUGCAGUAGUUGGUACAGCAGGACCAUUUUCAACAUUUGAUGGUUACAAUAGAAGUUUAUUAAUUUUAAAAGGAAAUAGAUUAUCAUUAUUCCAUAGACAAAAACCAAAUGAAUCAAUUGAUUUAGAUUAUUUUAAACCUUAUAAUUUUAAUGGUGGUUAUGAAACUGAUUCAGUAUUCUUACCAAAUGAAAAUAAUGAUAAACAACAACAACAACAACCACUAUUAGCAGUUAAAAAUAAUUUCAUUGAUAAUAAUUGUUCAGUUUCACCAAAUUCACCAAUUUGUUUUCAACAACCAUUGAUAGCAACUUCUCAAUUAAAUGAAGUUGAAGAAACUUAUGAUUUUAGUGUAAUUAGUAAAGAUAGUGAAAUCAAUCAUAAGGUAGAAGUAAUUUCAUUUGAUGAUAUUGAUGAUAUUGAUGAUGAUGAAGAUGAGAAUAAUAAAAUCUCAAAAAUCAUUGAUUUAAAUCCAUCAGAUUUUGUAAAUAAUUCAACAUUAAUAUUUUAUAGCUAUAAUUCAGAAGUUACAAUUGAAUAUAUUGGUGUGGAAAAUAGUAAACUUAAAGCUUCAUUAUUAUCUGAUCAAACUUUAAUCAUUAAAGAAUUAUCAUUUGAUAAAUUUAAUCCACAACAUACAAAAAUAUUAAUUACCCAUUUAAAAAGACCAAUAAAAUCUGAGCCUUCAAAAUUAAUUUAUGUUAAAAUUGAACCAAAAUUAAUUAAUUAA